AUGCACGAGCUCCUGCCGCCUCUGGACGUUGAAGUUGGCGUGUCGGACACUGCGCCACUGACCCGCAGCGGGGCGCGCGAUGGCGAGGAAACGCGUUCAGGCGCGUCGGCAGCACUGGCGUACGCCCGACCGCUCCGUCUGCAGCCUGCGGUCGCUGCAAUCUCCGCACUGGGCGCGCUCUCGCUCGUCGUUGGCGGCCGCUUCCGCCCCGUGUGCCUCGUCUGGACCAUCUGUGGCUACGGCGCCGUGUUCGCGCUGUACCUGUCGCACUAUGUCCUGUCACAAGACGCCGGCAGUCUCGAGAUGAAGCAAGUGGCGACGCCGAUCCGUCAAGGCGCGCAAGGGUUCUUGAAGAUUCAGUACACCGCAAUUGCUCGGAUUGCUGUGGCCAUUGCAGCGUUGAUCUUCUUUAGCUACGCACUGCGGCCACGCAGCUCCCUGAGCUCGGGCGUCGAAGCGCUCGGCAAUGUCACGCUGGGCAUUGUCGCGUCCGUGGCGUUUCUCCUUGGAGCGCUGUGCUCGGCUGCAGCGGGCUACGUGAGCAUGUGGGUCUCGGCCCGAGCGAACGUUCGAGUCGCAAGUGCUGCUCGUCGGUCGUAUGGCGAGGCACUGCUCGUGUGCUUUCGCGGUGGAGCGUUCUCCGCCGUGCUGGACAUUACGCUCUGUGUAGGCGGCGUGACCACGCUGUACGUGCUGCUGUACGUGCUGUUUGGGUCGUUGGUGCAGCCAACUGAAGUGCCGCUGUUGAUGGUGGGGUACGGCUUUGGCGCGUCGUUUGUCGCGCUGUUUAUGCAGCUGGGCGGAGGGAUUUACACCAAAGCAGCGGACGUUGGCGCGGAUUUAGUGGGCAAAAUUGAAGUAGGCAUUCCAGAAGAUGACCCACGCAACCCGGCAGUGAUUGCUGAUCUUGUGGGCGAUAUGGUCGGCGAUUGUGUCGGGAGCAGUGCCGAUGUGUUUGAGUCCGUAGCUGCUGAGAUCAUUGGUGCGAUGAUUCUGGGAGGCACGUUGGCACGUGAAGCGCAGCUGCCGUAUCCUGUCGCUUUUGUUUUCUUCCCGGUCGUUGUGCACGCCUUUGACAUUGUCGUCAGUAGUGCCGGUAUUUUGAUGGUGAGAGCUCCCACGGAUGUUGAAGCUUCGCGCCCCGAUCACAGUCCGAUGGCUACGUUGCAGACGGGUUACGAUGUGUCCCUUGCGCUAGCGUUCGUAGGCUUCGGCUUCACAACGCGUUGGCUGCUUUACACACCCGAGUGCCCCACGGCAUGGAUGAAUUUCUACCUGUGCGGUGUUGUCGGUAUGCUCACGGCCUACGUGUUUGUCAAGUCAACGCAGUAUUACACCGACUAUGCUUACCCGCCCGUGCGCAGCAUUGCGAAAGCGAGCACCACAGGUCAUGGCACUAAUAUUAUCACUGGUGUAGCUGUUGGCAUGAAGUCGACUGUUGUGCCGACUCUCAUGGUUUGCGUCGCUGUCAUUUCGGCUUACCACUUGGGUGCGAGCUCUGGUAUUGGCGGCCAGGGGAACCGCCACGCUGGAUUGUUUGGAACAGCAGUGGCAACCAUGGGUAUGCUUUCGUCGGCGGUGUUUGUGCUAGCUAUGAACAAUUACGGUCCUAUCGCGGAUAACGCAGGAGGCAUUGCCGAGAUGAGCCGUCAGCCGGACUACGUCCGUGACGCUACGGACAAGUUGGACGCCGCUGGUAAUGUCACGAAAGCGAUUACGAAGGGAUACUCGAUUGGGUCGGCUGCGCUAGCGUGUUUUGUGUUGUUCGGCGCUUUUAUGGAUGAGUUCUCGGAGUUUGCUGGACGCGAGUUCAAGACAGUGGACAUUGCUACAGUCGAGGUUCUGGUCGGCGGUCUGCUCGGUACGAUGAUGGUAUUCUUCUUCACCGGUCUAGCCGUUGCAGCUGUGGGUGAGACCGCCGGAGAGGUAGUGAACGAGGUGCGCCACCAGUUUGAGAUCUACCCGGGCAUCAUGGAGUACAAAGAGAAGCCCGAUUACCGCGCAUGCGUCGCUCUUGUCACCAAGGCUGCCCUAAAGCAGAUGCGCUUUCCUGGUCUAUUGGCUGUGCUUAUGCCCAUCGCUGUAGGGAUCGUUUUCCGUGCGAUUGGCGAGUACCAAGGCAAGCCGCUGCUCGGGGCUGAGGUUCUCGCUGGGUAUCUCAUGUUUGGUACAGUGACGGGCAUUAUGAUGGCCCUGUUUCUCGAUAACGUGGGUGGGGCGUGGGACAAUGCAAAGAAGUACGUUGAGCUCGGCAACUUUGGGGGCAAAGGCAGCGAGACCCACAAAGCCGCAGUUACUGGCGACACUGUGGGUGAUCCGUUCAAAGACACAGCUGGUCCGGCGCUGCAUGUUGUCAUUAAGCUGUUGUCGACGACAGUGCUCGUGUUCGGCCCGCUCUUCGUUUCGCGAGAGUAG